AGGCAACUCCGACGAUAAAUAGCCCAGGAGGAGCUACUUCUCCUGACCCUCCUGUCCUCACCAUGGGGGGCUCUGCUCUCUGCCUGGUGGCCGUGUUUGCUUUCUGCUUCCCGGCUGUUUCUCACAGCCAACUCUACUCCCUGAUCACGCCCAACGUCCUGCGGGUGGAGAGUGAAGAGAAGGUUGUGGUGGAAGCCCAUGGCCUCAAUGCCCCAAUCGCAGUUACAGUCAUCGUGCUGGACUUCCCGCUUAAGAAACGCAUCCUAUACCAGGUUCAAACCGACCUCAACCCUGCGAAUGGGAUGAUGGGCACAGCCGUAAUAAAGGUUCCCACUAAAGACAUAAAGAAAGAUUCCAAACGAAACCAGUAUGUUGUGGUCAAGGCUACGUUCCCUCAGCAAACUCUGGAGAAAGUGGUUCUGGUCCAUUUCCACAGUGGAUACAUCUUUAUCCAGACAGAUAAAACCAUCUAUACACCCGGGUCUACAGUCCUCUACCGGAUCUUCACUGUGGGUCACAAACUGGAACCAGUGAAUAAGAUAGUGAUCGUGGAGUUUGAGACCCCUGAGUCCAUUAUUGUCAAGCGGAUUCCCAUCUUCAUAUCAGGCAUCUCCUCUCUGAACCACAUCUUGCCGGAGAUUGUCAGUCUGGGAACCUGGAAGAUCACGGCCAGGUAUGAAGACUCCCCUCAGCAGACCUUCAGUGCGCAAUUUGAUGUUAAGGAAUACGUGUUGCCGAGUUUCGAAGUUAUAUUGGAACCGUCUGAGAAGUUUUUAUACAUCGAUAGCAAUGAAAACUUCACGGUUUCUAUCACUGCGAGGUACCUAUAUGGGAAAAAACUUGAUGGCAAUGCCUUUGUCCUCUUUGGGGUGAAGGUGGAUGAUGAGAAGAGGAGUAUCCCGCAGUCUCUCAAGAGAAUCUCGAUAGAAGACGGAGACGGGGAAGCAACGCUGACCAGAGCGAUGCUGCGGGCUCGGUUUGCCAACCUCAACGAAUUGGUUGGCCACUCGCUCUACGUCUCUGUCACCGUUUUGACAGAAUCUGGCAGUGACAUGGUGGAAGCGGAGAGAACCGGAAUUAACAUUGUGACAUCUCCCUAUCAGAUCCACUUCACAAAAACACCCAAGUAUUUCAAGCCAGGGAUGCCAUUUGAACUCAUGGUCUAUGUCACAAACCCCGAUGGCUCUCCAGCCCCCCGUGUCCCAGUACAGGGUGAAGGAUUCCAGUCGGCUGGGUCGACCCAGGGAGAUGGAACUGCCAAGCUGAUUAUAAACAUGCCCGGGGAUAAGCAGCAGGUUCCCAUCACGGUAAAAACUGCCCAUCCCAACCUCCCAGCAAACCGCCAGGCCUCUAAGUCCAUGGUGGCUGAAGCCUAUCAGUCCCAAGGAGAUUCUCAAAACUAUCUCCAUCUGGCGGUGACAGCUUCUGACCUCAAACCUGGAGACAACUUAGCUGUGAAUUUCCACCUGAAGAGCAACAAUCCAGCUGUUCUGAAGCAGAUCCAAUAUUUCACCUACAUAAUCCUGAAUAAAGGGAAGAUCAUUCGUGUAGGGAGACAGGCCAGGCAGGAGGGACAAAAUCUGGUGACCAUGUCCCUGCCCAUCACUCCAGACCUCAUCCCUUCAUUCCGCAUCGUGGCUUACUACCAAGUAGGAAAUUCAGAGAUUGUAGCAGACUCGGUCUGGCUGGACAUCCAGGACACUUGCAUGGGAACGCUAGUGGUGACCGGAGCUACCGAUGAAGACGGGGGAAUCCAUGAGCCAGGAACUGAAAUAAAACUCAAGCUGGAAGGAGACUACAAAGCUUAUGUCGGCCUGGUGGCCGUGGACAAAGCGGUCUACGUUCUGAACAAAAAAUACAAAAUUACACAAUCUAAGAUCUGGGACUCCGUGGAGAAGAGUGACAUUGGCUGUACAGCUGGCAGUGGAAAGAACAAUCUGGGGGUAUUUACGGAUGCUGGACUGGCCCUGGAGACGAGCAAUAGGAUUUCCACAGUCCAGAGAACAGAUCCAGAGUGUCCCCGGCCAGCAAAACGCCGGCGUCGCUCCGUUCAGCUCACUGAGUAUAAGGCAAUCAAAACGGCAGAUUACCAGGACCGGAAGCUGAAAAAAUGCUGUGAAGACGGGAUGCACGAGAACCCCAUGGGGCACAGCUGCGAGAAGCGGGCUGGGUACAUCCUGGAUACGGAUGAAUGCAAGAAGACCUUCCUCGAUUGCUGCAAUUAUAUCAAGACCAUACGGGACAAGCUGCAACAGGAGCUCCACCUGCAACUUGCAAGAAGUGACUUGGAUGAAGAUUUCAUGUCCGACGAAGAUAUCACCUCAAGGAGCCAGUUUCCAGAGAGCUGGCUGUGGCAAGUGGAGCAGCUGACUGGGAAACCAAAUAAACUGGGAAUUUCUUCCAAUACGACGUGUAUUUUCCUGAAGGAUUCCAUCACCACCUGGGAAGUCCUGGCUGUGAGCCUUUCAGAGACCAAAGGGAUCUGUGUGGCUGACCCCUAUGAGAUAAAAGUAAGGAAAGAUUUUUUCAUUGACCUCCGGCUGCCCUACUCUGUCGUGAGGAAUGAGCAGGUGGAAAUCCGGGCUAUUCUCUACAACUAUCAGAACAAAAACAUUAAGGUCCGGCUGGAGCUGCUGCACAACCCAGUUUUCUGCAGCGCAUCCACUUCCAAGGCUAAAUACCGGCAGAUGCUUGACAUCAAAGCCAAGUCCUCGCUGGCCGUGCCAUUAGUGAUUGUCCCGCUGCAGCUGGGAUCUCAUGACAUUGAGGUCAAGGGAGCAGUGUGGGGAAGUUCUUUGUCUGAUGGUGUGAAGAAGAAACUGAAGGUUGUGCCUGAAGGGAUAAGGAUGAACAAAACAAUUAUGUCUGUGGUACUGGAUCCAUCUGCAAAAGGAGCAGGGGGAGUCCAGGAAGUGAAGGUGAAAGCGGCAGAUAUAGAUGACAGGGUUCCAGACACAGAAUCGGAGACCAAAGUCAGAAUACAAGGAAACCCUGUGACAAUCAUUGUCGAAAACUCCAUCGACGGGGCCAACCUGAAGCACCUCAUUGUGACGCCGUCUGGCUGUGGGGAACAGAACAUGAUCAGCAUGACCCCCCCCGUCAUCGCCACCAUCUACCUGGACAGCACCGAGCAGUGGGAAAGGAUUGGGGUGGAACGCAGGGCGGAAGCCAUCAAGUUGAUCAUGCAAGGUUACACGCAGCAGAUGGUUUACAAAAAACCCGACUUCUCAUACGCUGCUUUCAAAGACCGGCCAUCAAGCACUUGGCUGACGGCCUACUUGGCAAAGGUCUUUGCCAUGGCUAAGAAAUUGGUGCCCAUUGAAAACCAAGUUAUCUGCGGAGCAGUGAAAUGGCUGAUCCUGGAAAAGCAGAAACCGGAUGGGGUCUUCCAAGAAGAUGCCCCCGUAAUCCACGGAGAGAUGGUUGGAGGGUACAAGGGUGCUGAGCCUGAUGUUUCUUUAACGGCUUUCGUGCUGAUUGCAUUGGAAGAGGCCAAGGACAUCUGCAAGGAUCAAGUCAAUAGUUUGGAAGGCAGCAUCAGCAAAGCCGCUGACUACUUAGCUGAAAGGUACCAGUCUCUAACCAGACCUUACACUGUGGCUCUUGCGUCCUAUGCCUUAGCGAUGGUGGGGACACUGAACACCGAGAAGGCGCUCAUGAGAGCCUCGACAGGGGGAAAUCGCUGGGAAGAGCGGAACGCCCGCACCUUCAACAUUGAGGGCACCUCAUACGCCUUGCUGGCCUUGCUGAAAAUGAAGAAGUAUGAGUUGACCGGUCCCAUAGUCAGAUGGCUGAGAGAGCAGAACUACUAUGGCGGGGGAUAUGGAUCUACCCAAGUGAGUAUGAUCCUUAUAGUCCUGGGUAUCCUUCCGAGACUGUUUUGUGGGAAGGCCUCCCAUCAGAAGGGAUCAGAUUCCGAUCACUUGAGUCAUUGUAGAAAGCCCUGGAGAAUGCCCGUUAGAGAACAAUCCUGCAUUGCCUGGGAGAUGGGCAACGUGACCUAUCAGGUCUUUGCCAUUGUUAACCUAAGGCAGAGACCAGCAUAG